AUGGACGUAGAUGAUAGUCUGUUGAUUGAGUCUAGAAGUACUAGUAUAUUGUUUGAAAUGGCGAAGAACAAAUUCUCAAAUCAGUGCAUGAAGGAAUUUGGGCCGAUUUCCGCCCGUGGAUAUGAACAGCUAGAGGAUGUUAAACCCAAGAAACGGACUGGCGACAAGAAAAGCAUGAGCAUCGCUAAUGAUAUUUAUGAACUUUACACAUACCAAACGGAUCUAAUCGACGUUUUUCCAAGGUGUGUGUCUUCGCCUACAAGUCACAUUCCGGUACUGAAGAAGCGGGGCACACAGCCCCCUACCGCACCCCAAAUGGAUUUAACACUGAAAUUGAUGGAUUUAACACAACAAGUGAAAGAGAUAAGUAAGGAGUUGGCACAAGUAAAGAAAGACUAUGAAAGUGAUGUUAAUAGACUGAACAGUAGCCAAUUCCCAAACAGCUGUUCGCUCAAAACAACAACAAAUAGGUGAUACUAACAACAAACCCGAAACUCAAGGUCAUUGCAACUCUACCUGUAAUACUCAGUGUGCCGACUCAACGCCGACCUCAGGGGCAAUGCCCCCUAGUUCGAAUACUACAUUCAGCUUUAUACAGCCAAGCACCGUUAUUAGGGACACAACUGUGAUCGACAAAAACACACGUGAAAACAUGAAAACGCCAAAAACUGGAAUUAAACCCUCAACGACAGUAGCCAUAGGUGAUGAAUCUAAAGAAGAAACCGAUGGGUUCACGUUGGUUGAACGUCGUAGAAAGUCACCUCGCGCCACCGAAAACCGCUUUGGUGAAGAGAGACCAGCGAAAAUGCAGACUUUAGGGAAGACCCCGAAGCCCAAUAAACCACAUGACGUUAAAGAGACGCCUGUUAACAAGCCAAUGAAAGGUCUCAAGGGUGCGUCUUUUGAAAGAUCGCAAUCGCUAUACCUCGAAAAUAUUCAAAUGGACGAUAAUGAUACCGAUGAUGAUAUUAUUGCACUUGUUAAAGAACAUGCAAAAAGAAAGGGGAUCAAGUUAAUGCAAGCAUACGUUAUCCAUAACCGAUUCUCGAUGUAUCGUGUUGGCGUCAGAAUGACUGUUCCCGUCUCAUCAGCAGAUAAGGCUGUUGAAGAUGAUUCAUGGCCUGCCCCGAUAAAAUGUCGCCAAUGGCAGCGCUUCAGGCAGAACGCAAAUUAUGGUGACAACAUUCCCUCCCGGAUUACAUAUAGGUCCAGACGAUAUCAACAUGAUAAUAACCUUAUCGAUCGACCGUCAUGGGAACGCGAUGAUGAGAAAACUGAUAAUGACUAUUUUAAAGACGACAAUAUGUACCACAGGAACAUGUGUGACGCAACACGGGAGUAUGUACGGGAGAAAUUCGGCAAUAACCUGGGAGCAACAGGUUCUUACGCUGACUGGUAG